ACCCUCUUUUUUUCCGGUGCCCUAACUUUUUCUCCCCCAAAUGCCUUCGAUACCCAUCUUCUACCCUUUGCCCCUGCAAUUCUCAGUCUCCCAAUCCAUGCCCUUCCCUCUUUGAGCUUUUCCUCUUCCAGAAUUUUACCCGCCAAAAUCUCUCUCUUCUUUUUUCAAAUACCGUUUUGGUCGUUGGAGGAAGCACUUCUCUUCCACUGCUAUUGACUUCUUGCAUUUUUCGAUUCGAAACCCUAAUUGAGGUUUUGUCGAUUUUUCUUCUCUUCACCAGAUGUCAGAUACCGUCUGGUUUUCAGUUGAGACGUUGUCAUCGUGCUUGUGCUUCGCAGUUGGUUGGUGAUUUUCUGAAUUUCCUUAGCUGGUUGGUGAUUUAGAGAUCUGGGGCUCUUCUAUUUGUUCCCUGAGUGGCAGUUUGAAAAUCCAUGUGUCAGUGGAAGCAUCAGGAGGGUUUUGGGUUCAUUAUUCUUGCGGAUUCACGAAUUCGAGAGGGGAAACCAGAAAUUGGUUAUCCAGAUAGAAGGAAAUAAUUUCUCGACAAUAAAUUGAGCAUUUCUUUUUAAGGGAUUGAAGGGGUGGUUGUGUUAAAUAUCAGGACCGUGGUUUGUUUCUUUAAUCAAUGGCUAAUCACGAGUUAAUUCUUGGGCAAAGCCAUGAUUUGGCGCUCGGACAGAACCAGCAGUUGGCUCUAGGUCAUAAUCAUGAUAUUGGUCUUGGUCAGAACCAUGAAUUGGAUCUGGGGCAGACUCAUGACCAUGACUUAGGUUUGGGGCAUACACAUGAUCAUGAGCUUGGUUUAGGACAUGCCCAUGACCAUGAACUGGCCCUGGGGCAGACGCAUGAUCAUACACUGGCUGUACAGCAGACGCAUGGCCAAGAUCCGCAACAUGAGAAUGAAUUAGCUUUGGGUCAAAUCAAAGACUCUGAAUUUGUUGAGGAUGGUGAUAACAAUCACGACCAUGUUGAAGACCAUGAUCAUGAAUUAUCUCUUGCUGCACAAAACCAGGAGUUAGUCUUGUCAGAGAGCCAUGAGUUGCCUGUUCCAGAGAGCCAUGACCUUGAUCAGAGUUUGCAGAUUACUGUGGACCAGAACCAAGAAAUGGCAGUAGAAUCUGCUUCUCAAGAAAUGGUUAUGCAACAGCCUACGCUAGUAGUGACUCCUGUUCUCCAGACCCGUUCUAUUGUUGUGCACCCCAACCAUGAGUUGGCAGUGGGCCAAGAAUUUCCGGAUGUGAAGAGCUGCCGUAGGGCAUUGAGGGACACAGCUAUAGCUAUGCAUUUUGAAGUAAAAACGGUGAAGUCAGACAAGACACGUUUUACUGCUAGGUGUGCAGCUGAGGGAUGCCCAUGGCGAAUCCAUGCUGCGAAGCUUCCAGGUGUCCCAACCUUUACAAUUAGAACCAUAAAUGAACAGCACACCUGCGGAGGAAUCACCCACCUGGGCCAUCAACAAGCAUCAGUCCAGUGGGUUGCAAACUCUGUGGAGCAUUGCCUGAGGGAAAAUCCACAAUGCAAGCCGAAGGAAAUAUUGGAAGAAAUUCAUCGGGUUCAUGGAAUCACCUUAUCAUACAAGCAAGCCUGGCGUGGGAAGGAGCGAAUCAUGGCUGCUGUCCGUGGGUCAUUUGAAGAAGGGUAUCGCCUUCUUCCACAAUACUGUGAACAAAUUAAACGGACCAACCCUGGGAGUAUUGCUGCAGUUUUUGGGAAUCCAACAGAUAACUGCUUCCAACGUCUCUUUGUCUCGUUCCAAGCAUCAAUCUAUGGCUUUGUCAAUGCAUGCCGACCACUUCUCGGGCUUGAUAGAACACUUUUAAAGAGCAAGUACCUAGGGACCUUGCUUUUUGCUACUGGAUUUGAUGGAGAUGGUGCUCUGUUUCCUUUAGCAUUUGGGGUGGUCGAUGAAGAAAAUGAUGACAAUUGGAUGUGGUUCCUGUCUGAGCUCCAUAACCUGCUUGAGACUAACACAGAGAACAUGCCGAGACUUACCAUUUUGUCAGAUAGACAGAAGGGUAUCGUGGAUGGAGUGGAAGCAAACUUCCCAACAGCCUUCCAUGGAUUCUGCAUGCGUCAUCUGAGUGAGAGUUUCCGAAAGGAGUUCAAUAACACAAUGCUUGUCAACCUUCUCUGGGAUGCUUCUCAUUCUCUUACUGUUAUUGAAUUUGAAGCAAAAAUACUGGAGAUUGAAGAGAUCUCACAAGAUGCUGCUUAUUGGAUUCGUCGCAUCCCACCUCGUCUCUGGGCUACAGCUUAUUUUGAGGGGACUCGUUUUGGACAUUUGACAGCGAACAUAGUUGAAUCAUUAAAUUCUUGGAUACUUGAAGCCUCCGGACUUCCUAUAAUUCAGAUGAUGGAGUGUAUCCGUCGGCAACUAAUGACUUGGUUUAAUGAAAGACGUGAGAUAAGUAUGCAGUGGACGACAAUACUCGUGCCUACUGCUGAGAGGCGUGUGACAGAAGCUCUUGAGCAUGCACGCACUUAUCAAGUGCUUCGUGCAAAUGAGGCCGAGUUUGAAGUUAUUUCUCAUGAAGGAACAAAUAUUGUUGAUAUUCGCAAUCGUUGCUGUCUAUGCCGUGGCUGGCAGCUCUAUGGAUUGCCUUGUGCACAUGCAGUGGCAGCACUGCUCUCUUGUCGGCAGAAUGUCCAUCGUUUUACAGAGAGCUGUUUCACUGUUGCAACUUACAGAAAAACAUAUUCACAGACUAUUCAUCCUGUUCCGGAUAAAAGCCUUUGGAAAGAGUUAUCGGAGGGAACUCAGGAGGGAGGCAAUAAAGCUCCAGAAAUUAUAAUAAAUCCCCCCAAGUCACUUCGGCCACCGGGUCGACCCAGGAAGAAGCGUGUUCGUGCUGAAGACCGUGGGCGUGUCAAGCGAGUUGUACAUUGUAGUCGUUGCAAUCAGACGGGGCAUUUCAGGACAACUUGUGCAGCUCCUAUAUGAGCGUUCACAGGUGGGUAUUCUGUUUCGCCUAUGCAGAGAAAAGGAAGGUCUAAAUUUGUUUUAUGUAUUUGGAGCUUCUAUCAGUUAAUUGGAUCUUCUCCUGACACUAUUUGGGUUUUAAGCUGUCUUUCUUCAAUAAAUUUCAACCCUAAUAAUACAAGGAUAUUUAGAAUUCAAUUUAUUCUUUCAGUUUUGCAUUUCUGGUGUACAGUAUCCAGUGGUUGGGAUUGUCAUCAUGGGGUUGUUUUUGACAUUACCAAAUUAAAUCUGAAUGCUUUCAAGUGGAUUAAUGCUGUAAGAAUCCUUUCUUAUA